AUGAGUGGUAGAUCUAUGCAUUUUGUUUUGGUUGGCCUUGUGUGCCUGGCCGUUGCCUCUGCUAUUUCUUGUUCUAGUGUUGGAAGCUCCUACAAUAUUAUGUGCUUGGAGAGUGAAAGGCAGGCUCUUCUACAGUUCAAACAAGGCCUUGUGGAUGAGUCCAAUGCUCUUGCCUCUUGGAAAAGUGAGAAAGAUUGCUGCAAGUGGAGAGGAAUAGCAUGCAACAACCAAACAGGUCAUGUUACAGGUCUUAAUUUCUCCUUUAGUUGUGAUUCAUAUUUCAAUUAUAGUGAAGUUCCUUUAAGAGGUGCAAUGAGUCCUUCACUACUUGAAUUACCAUUUCUAAAUUACUUGGACCUCAGUUAUAAUGAUUUUGAAGGAAUUGUGAUUCCCAAGCUCAUUGGCUCUUUGAGUCAAUUGAAAGAACUCAAACUUGCACAUGCUAAUUUCAGUGGACUUGUUCCUCCCCAACUUGGAAACCUCUCUAAUUUGCACACUCUUGAUCUUUUCGGGAACCAUGAUGCUAGUUCUGAAAACCUUGAGUGGUUAUCUCAUCUUUCUUCCUUGAGAUACCUGAACAUGGCAUGGCUGAAUUUGUCUGAGGCUGUGAAUUGGCCACAAUCUUUAAGCAAGCUCACUUUACUGACAAAGCUUCAGUUAUCCCAGUCCAAUGUCAGCAGCAACUUUGUCCAUAUUGAUCUCUCUCAUAGCCAACUGGAAGGUCCCAUCCCAGAUGUCUUCACAAGCAUGCUUUCUCUAGUAACACUAGAUCUGUCUUGGAAUAAACUUGAAGGUGGGAUACCAAAAGGCUUUCAAAACUUAUGCAGCUUAGAGUCGUUGACCUUAUGGAGCAACCAAUUGUCUGAAAACAUUGAGGACUCUGUUAAAACCUUGUCUUGUGCUGAGAACACACUUAUGACCCUGGACUUGAGUUAUAACCAGUUUUGGGGGUCAUGGCCAGAUUUGGCACGAUUUUCAAAGUUAAGAGAGUUACAUCUUGGCAAAAAUCAACUAAAUGGGUCUGUACCCGCGAGUGUCGGGCAACUCUCUAGCCUUGAACAUCUAUCUCUCUCGGGGAAUUCUUUCACUGGUGUCAUAAUAGAAUCCCACUUUCUGAAGCUCUCUCAUUUACACUAUUUGGGUCUUUCUGGUAAUUAUUUCUCUAUCAACCUGAGCUCUGAUUGGAAUCCACCAUUUCAACUUACUGGUCUGUUAGACAUGUCCUCCUACAAGCUGGGCCCAGCUUUUCCCAAAUGGAUUCUAACGCAAACAAAUCUUACCGGUCUUUAUCUCUCUAAUGCUGGACUAUCAGGAUCAUUACCUAACAAGUUCUGGGAUAUAUUUUCUGGCUUAUUUCAGUUAGAUCUCUCUAUGAACCAAAUCCGUGGAAAACUACCGAAUCUGUCAACAAUGAGCUUGAGUAAUGUUUAUUUGUCUUCUAAUCUACUUUCUGGUGCAAUGCCAUCAUUUUCUCCUGAGCUCAGAAAGUUGUAUCUCUCGAAUAACAAGUUUUCUGAGCCGCUGUCUUGCUUCUGUGCAACGCAGGCUCCAUAUUUGGGUUUGAUUGACAUUUCUGAGAACCAACUGUCAGGAGAGCUUCCUAACUAUUGGAAGCAAUUCCAAGGAUUGGAAGCUUUGAAAUUGGAGAAAAAUAAAUUAUCUGGAAAAAUACCAAGCUCUUUAGGCAAUCUAAAGAGACUUACGUUAUUGAGUUUGAAUGCUAACAACUUUUCAGGAGAAUUGCCUUCUCUAGAGAACUGUACCAACACUACGUCAAUAAUGGCAUCAGACGACAGUGACGACAGUUUUGGACUGUCGUCUGAUGAGGUUGGGCGCUGUUGUUAA